GAAUUCUGGCAGGGGGGCUUUUCUGCACAACACCGGAAGUGAAGGCGGAGCCUCGGCUCUUUUGUCUUGUGAUUUUGGGCAGAGAGCCACAUGUUGAAAUAUAACGUCUCAGACCUCUACAAUAUCAGUAGACUAGACAUAAAUAUUCCCAUCUGGUUAACUUCGCCGGAUCUCUGUAAUCGACAAUAACGGAAGAAUCUACAAUGAAUAAGGAAACACCUAUCCCACCCCCCUCCUCCCUCUCCCUCCGACCCUCCUCCCCCUUCACCCUCCCGGGGGCCCCAGGUCGUGCCUCUCCCGGUAGUGCCUUACUGCAGGGUAUGAAGAGGUUGUCUGUGCUGUUGGUGGACUGCAGGAAAACAACAGGGCUGAGGGGCAGCCAUAACCGUCGCUCUCUCAGAAGAGUCAUAUCUGGGGAGGCUAACGAACAUGAUGCUGACGGGGCAGAGAACAGUCUCUCCAGAUCAGAACACCUCAAACACCAGCAGAGAGUGGCAGGGAAGAAACCUCACCGCUGCUCAUACUGUGGAAAGAGUUUCACCUCUUCGUCAAACCUUAAAACACACCAGAGAAUUCAUACUGGAGAGAAACCGUUUCACUGCACAGACUGUGGGAAGAGUUUUGUUCAAUUAGGCAACCUGAAAAUUCAUCUGCGGACACACACACAAGAGAAGCCUUACCACUGCUCUGUCUGUGAGAAGAGCUUUUCAACAUCACAUGGUAAUAAAGUGCACCAGAGAACGCACACCGGAGAGAAGCCUUACCACUGCUCUGACUGUGGGAAGAGUUUUGCUCAUUCAAGAAAUCUGAUAAAGCACCAGCGCAUACACACAGGAGAGAAACCGUACAGCUGUGAUCAAUGUGGGAAGAGAUUUACUAGCUCAAAUGACCUGAUACUACACCAUAGAAUACACACUGGAGAGAAACCUUACCACUGUUUGGACUGUGGGAAAAGUUUUACUCAGGCAAGCAACCUGAAAACACACCAGCGCAGACACCUGGGCCAGAAGCUUCACCACUGUUCAGAUUGUGGAAGUAACUUUUCAACAUCAAGGGGUUUAGAGCUGCACCAGCGAACACACACCGGUGUGAAACCUUACUACUGCUUCAGCUGUAGUAAAAGUUUUGCUAGAUUAGACGGACUGACAGUGCACCAGCGAACACACACAGGUGAGAAGCCUUUUAGCUGUGAUCAGUGUGGGAAGAGAUUUGCUCAGUCAGCACACUUGACUGUACACCAGAGAACACACACUGGAGAGAAACCAUACCACUGCUCAGACUGUGGAAUAAGCUUUAUUAAUUCAAGUCACCUUAAGGUACAUCAGAGAGUACACACAGGAGAGAAGCCUUAUAACUGUGAUGUAUGUGGCAAAAGUUUUGUUGCAUCAGGAAGUCUGGCUUCACACCUUCGAACCCACACAGGAGAGAAGCCUUACCAUUGUACCGACUGUGGGACAAGCUUUGGCAAGUCAGGCCAUUUAAAAGUGCACCAGAGAACACACACAGGAGAGAAGCCUUACCAUUGUGCCGACUGUGGGAAAAGCUUUGCUGAGCCAGGCGGUUUAAAGUCACACCGGAGAACACACACAGGAGAGAAGCCUUACCACUGCUCUGACUGCGGAAUGGGCUUAACCACUUCAGGUGGACUUAAAAUACACCGGAGAACACACACAGGAGAAAAACCAUUCCACUGCUCUGACUGUGGGAAAAGAUUUAAUCAGUCUGGGCAGUUGGUUUUACACCAGCGAAUACACACUGGCGAAAAGCCUUACCACUGCUCAGACUGUGGGCUGAGUUGUACUUCUUCAGGGGAUUUAAAAGUGCACCUGCGAACACACACUGGAGAGAAGCCUUUUGGCUGUGAUCAGUGUGGGAAGAGGUUCGCUCAGUCAGGAAGCCUGGCUGGACACAAGAGAACACACACUGGAGAGAAGCCUUUUGGCUGUGAUCGGUGUGGGAAGAGGUUCAGUCAGUCAGGAACCCUGGCUGGACACAAGAGGAAACACCACACUGGUGGGUAACCUUUCCAUUUCUUUUAUAGCUGAAACCAGUUAAUGGUAGACUAUCGGAGAGAAGCCGUGCAGGGUGAGCUUUCUUAAUGUCGCCAUGCUUGGUGUAACAAGGGAACUUUAAAUAACUGUCCAUUUAAUUACAAUAUUUUUAAUUUAUUUAACUAGGCAAGUCAGUUAAGAACAAAUUCUUAUUUUCAAUGACAGCCUAGGAACAGUGGGUUAACUGCCUGUUCAGGGGCAGAACGACUAGAUUUGUACCUUGUCAGCUCGGGGGUUUGAACUUGCAAUCUUCCGGCUACUAGUCCAACACUCUAACCACUAGGCUACUCUGCCGCCCCAAUAUGAGUGAAAAAGUCUGUGUUUGAAUGGUUUGGGCGUAUACCGGUCAUUAAAAUGAUUCAUGACAUGUUAACAGUGCAUUGGUCAGCUCCGAGAAAGCAGGGAGGCAGCUCCUCCCUGCAAGUUUCAGGCAAGUCUGUCCUUAGGGAUAAGGCAAGGGUCCGUUUUGAAAAUGUUCAACCCUGUCCACCAUCCAACUCACCAUGGUCAACCCUGUCUACCAUCCAACUCACCAUGGUCAACCCUGUCUACCAUCCAACUCACCAUGGUCAACCCUGUCUACCAUCCAACUCACCAUGGUCAUCCCUGUCUACCAUCCAACUCACCAUGGUCAACCCUGUCUACCAUCCAACUCACCAUCACCAUGGUCAACCGUGUCUACCAUCCAACUCACCAUGGUCAACCGUGUCUACCAUCCAACUCACCAUGGUCAACCGUGUCUACCAUCCAACUCACCAUGGUCAACCGUGUCUACCAUCCAACUCUCAUGGUCAACCGUGUCUACCAUCCAACUCACCAUGGUCAACCCUGUCUACCAUCCAACUCACCAUGGUCAACCCUGUCUACCAUCCAACUCACCAUGGUCAACCCUGUCUACCAUCCAACUCACCAUGGUCAUCCCUGUCCACCAUCCAACUCACCAUGGUCAUCCCUGUCCACCAUCCAACUCACCAUCACCAUGGUCAACCCUGUCCACCAUCCAACUCACCAUCACCAUGAUCAACCCUGUCCACCAUCCAACUCACCAUCACCAUGAUCAAGCCUGUCCACCAUCCACCAUCACCAUGGUCGACCCUGUCUACCCUCCAACUCACCAUUAUUAACCCUGUCUACCAUCCAUCUCGCCAUUAUUAACCCUGUCCACCAUCCAUCUCACCAUUAUUAACCCUGUCUACCCUCCAACUCACCAUUAUUAACCCUGUCCACCAUCCAUCUCACCAUUAUUAACCCUGUCUACCAUCCAUCUCACCAUUAUUAACCCUGUCUACCCUCCAACUCACCAUUAUUAACCCUGUCCACCAUCCAACUCACCAUUAUUAACCCUGUCCACCAUCCAACUCACCAUUAUUAACCCUGUCUACCCUCCAACUCACCAUUAUUAACCCUGUCCACCAUCCAACUCACCAUUAUUAACCCUGUCCACCAUCCAACUCACCAUUAUUAACCCUGUCCACCAUCCAACUCACCAUUAUUAACCCUGUCCACCCUCCAACUCACCAUUAUUAACCCUGUCUACCCUCCAACUCACCAUUAUUAACCCUGUCUACCCUCCAACUCACCAUUAUUAACCCUGUCCACCAUCCAACUUGGCUGCCAUCAGAAUAUAUGUUCUCUUCUUCUUUCCUUCUCUUCAUGUUUUACCGGUCAGUGAGACAGUCUUUGAUAUAGCCGUGUCCUUCUCUUGUCUGUAUACUGCAGUUCAUACUUUACCUGUCAGUGAGACAGUCUUUGAUAAUAGCCAUGUGUAUGAGUGUUAAUGGAAUUUAUAUGUUUAAAUUAAUUAUUAGAAUAUUCCACCCUGAAACCUUUUAAUUGUAUGAAAUUGAUUAGAAUCAUAAAAUUAUUAUUAAUGAUGUGUGUAGUUUGUCAGUAAAAGCAUAAUUAAUGAUGUUUGUAGUUUUAGUCAGAAUUAGAGUAAAACAAUAUAUCUGUACAAUAUAUGUUUAUAGUAUCUUAAAACACAGACUGUCUGAGCAAAAUUCGUUGCCGACCUUGCUAGGGGCCUCAGAGAUUUGGGAGAGGGCGGGGAGUACUUCUCAAGUCCCUCCUAAUCUUGAGGGAGGACAGGGAGCGCUUCCCACAGUCUCCCUAAUCUUGAGGGAGGACAAGGAGUGCUUCCCACGGUCUCCCUAAUCUUGAGGGAGGACAGGGAGUGCUUCCUACGGUCUCCCUAAUCUUGAGGGAGGACAAGGAGUGCUUCCCAAGGUCUCCCUAAUCUUUGUCGGCUGGGUGGUGAUACAGUAUGUGCGUAUUAUACCUACUGUUUGUGUUUGAAUGUAAGUGUGUAAGGAGCCAGUAUAAUAUGAAUGGUUUUGUGCAACGGACUAGCGCUCUCGUGAAUAAACAUUUUGACUAUCAUA